GCGCAUGCGCCGCAGUCAAAAAAUGUCAAUCGAUCCGCCAUUCUUGGCCUUUUCCAAUUUAUUUAUAAACAAAGGGAAUAUUAUGUGAACUAGUUAAUUAUUUCUCCUCCAAAAUUGGCUGGUUUAUGAUGACCGAGGUCGUAAAAGUAACCGACGAAAACAACAACGAGAACAAGUUACUGAUCGACUCCUUCGAUAGCGAGCCCGGCUACUACUGCCAAGUGAUCCGUUCGAUGCUGACUCCCGGCCACGAGACCGAACUCGUCUACUGGCUCAAAAGCUUCGGCUUGAUCCCCAACACCCAAAUUUGCAACAACGCGAACAUAAAUGAAGAUUGCAACAAGAUAAUGGAGUGGACGCCGGUCAAAACCAUCGACUACUACCAGUGGAAGUGCCGGAAUUGCAGCGGGAAGAAAAGCAUCAGGGAGAACUCGGUGUUUCAAGAUGUUAAGUGUAAUUUCAAGAACUCUAUCAGGAUUUUGCUGGGGUGGUGCAAAGGGUACGACGCUGAAUUGAUGGCCAACAUCUUAGGUGUUAAAUCACGUACUGUCAAGGUUCUCUACAACGCGGUUUCGGCAACAGCACGAAAACACCUAAAGUCGCAACAAAAUAAAAAGGUUGGGGGCCCUGGAAUCAUUGUUUUAGUUGAUACGUAUCCCGAAGGUUGCACAAACAGCUCAAGGCCAAACCAAGCCAAUAGACCCAUACUGUGCAUUGCUGAAAUAAAGGACAUUCCCCCCAAUUAUUGGUUCGAGGCCUUAAACCGGUACCAUCGCAACAACGUGCAGCAAAUAAUGGACGUGAAAGAGCACAUUUUGACGGUGAUUCAAGACGUCGUCGUCCCUGGUUCCAUUCUGGUCUCGCGACAAGACUCCACUCUGUGUUCGUUUUUUGAUUUGCAAAAAUUGUCCCACAUUUACCCCACCAUAGUGAGCGUUGAAGGCCUCGCACGUCACAAUUCAGCCAAUCAGGAAAUCCUAGCCAACUUGGAAAUUAUCUGGAAGUUGGCGUUGAAUGUGUGCGAGGAAGCCCAGUUUUUUAAUUAUGAACAAGUGCCGAAUUUUUUCAUCAGCCAAAUGUGGCAUUCGCGAUUUGGUAACGAAUCGUUUGAAACGCUCCUGAAUCGUCUCGCCGACUUGCAAUAACGGAUAUUUUUCGAAGCAAUAAUUGUGUUUAUGUUUAGGUGCUUGUAGUUGAUAUUAUCUGAUAUUUUACAUCACGUCUUGUUCCGGUUUUUGAGAGAAAUUGUUGCAAACAAUUAAGUUUAUGUAAAAUUUUAAGCAUGUUAUGAUAUUAGUGUUAGGUGUCGUGAGUUGGAACAACUUUUUAUAAUAUUAUAUAAAAGCGUAUAUUUUUGCAAAAGUACAACUUAAUUAUGUGAAAUAAAUACAAUGACACGUUUUAUUUCUGUGCAAAUAAAGUAUUGUAGAUGGUA